CCAGGAAUUAUGACACUGAGCCGUGGCCCUUACAGCGAGCUCGAUAAAAUGAGCCUUUUUCAGGAUCUAAAACUGAAACGACGUAAAAUCGAUUCAAGAUGCAGCAGUGAUGGUGAAUCAGUAGCCGAUACCUCAACCUCUUCGCCAGACCUCUUAGCGCCCAUGUCGCCAAAAAUGUGUGAUACCGGGGGAGGAGGCGGAGUAGGAGGUGGCGGUGGUGGCUCUAAUGUGGCCAGUUCCCUACCCUUGGUAACACUAACCGCUACCACUUCUCUAACCACCACCACAACACCUGCCACCUGUUCAACUACUCAAGUGGCGGCUGAAGUUGUUGUGGCUACCGCUAAAGCAGUGGCAGCCGCAGUAGCGGUUAAAAAUGAACAGUUGCAACAACAAUUGCAGCAGCAGCAGCAACAACAACAACAAGAACAGACUGAAAUUCAUUCAUCAUCAUCUUGUGGUGUGGUGGCUUCGACGGCUGCCACAACAAUGAUGACACCGCCUGCCCCCGUGCGAACUACACCGCCCAUGAAUACAGAAAUGGCAGCGGCGGAUAGUAAUGAACGACGGACCCCCUUAAGUAAUCGCGCCACACCUACACCGCCCCAUAAUAAUGGUAAUGCCAGUAGUAGUACGAGUAAUGGUGGUGGCAGUAGUCGAGCAUCACCCGAUUCCAUGGAUGAUAAACCCUCGACUACCACUUCCUCACCCAUAUUGUCAGCCAAUGGUAUGCUGGGAGCAAGUUUAGCGGGCGGUAGUGCGGGAUCAGCAACAGGGUCCGUACAGGGUGGUAGUAAUAAUAACAAUAAUUCUGCCAGCAAUAUGAGUGUUAUACGCUCGGUAAAGGAGGAAAGAAUAUUAGCUUCACCCACACGCAUGAUGGCCUAUCACCAUCAUCAGCAGCAGCAACAACAACAGCAGCAGCAACAUCAACAACUCAUGCAGCAGCAACAGCAACAACAGGGUGGUAAAACACCCACCCAGUCUCAACAACAUGUUACUGUCUUGGUAACACCAUCUCGUAUUAAGUCUGAACCACAACUACCGCCCCAACCCUCACACUCGCCAUAUUCCACAGCUGUUAGUGCUUCAACAACUACAUCUACGCCAUCUCCUCUACACAGCACCUCAACUACCAGCCAUUAUACCAGCUCUGCGCAACAACAGCAACUUCAUCACCAACAACAACAACAACAGCAGCAACAACAUCAACAACAGCAGCAGCAACAACAACAUUCUAAUCCUACGCCCGUACCACCAAUAGUCACAACACAUCACUUACAUCAACAGCUUACCCAACCUCAGUUGCGCAAAAAUAGUCCUCCUCAUGAUCUGCAAUUGCCACCACAACAUCACCACUUACUCACACAGUCAAUGCAACAUUUAACGCAGCAACAACAGCUGCAACUUCUACAGCAAGCGGCCGCCAUGUCUAGACAAAAUAAUCCUGCAACGCGAGAAAUGUCACCGAGCGCUUCAAUGUCGCCCAGCUCCAGACAUUCAUCCUCGAAAUCGCCACAACAACACAUGAUGCAACCGCAACAGAAUAUGGGCGGACAACAUGUGCGCAUUAAGAAGGAACCUCCUACAAUGCAGAAUCACAAUCCCAAUUUUGGCAACGGCGGCAAUGGUCCCCAGAGGCAUCAUUCACCGCAUCAUUUUAUGCAACAACAGCCGCCAAAUCAACAGCAGUCUCCACAGGGACCUCAGCCGCCACAAUUGCCACCGCAGGCUUUGGGUAACAUGGCUCAAGCCUUAAUGCAUCCUGCAUCGCUGCAGAAUUUAAGGCAUCCGAAUCGGGAUGCAGCCUUAUUAUUUCGUGUUAAAAACGAAGUACAGCAACAGGUGGCGGCGGCAGCAGCAGCGGCUGCUGGUCUGCCUCAACUAAUGCAACCGGGUGCUGCUGCAGUAGCAGCUGCGGCUCAGCGCAUGGUUUGGGUAUCGAAUGCCCGCAUUAAUGGUGUAAAACCUGAGGUAAUAGGUGGUCCCAUGGGCAGCAUACGACCGGGUGGUCCCGGUCAAUCACCCUCGCCUCACCACUCUUCAUCAUCAGCCUCCUCAACAUCACAACUAUCGCCGCAAACACCCUCACAAACACCACCCAGAGGUACUCCCACCGUCAUCAUGGGAGAAAGUUGUGGAGUGCGUACCAUGGUUUGGGGCUAUGAACCGGCGGCACCACCCACUUCAGCCGGCUCGGCCAGUCAGUCUCCAAAUUCACAUCACCACCAGCAGCAACAACAUCAUUUAUCACAUCAACAAAUGGGCGGUGGAGCGCCGCCCUCGUCAUUACAAUCCCAGCCACAUCACUCGUCACAGUCAUCGUUGAAUACAUCCUCAUCGUCACCUUCAGCUGGAUCUCUAACGCCCACACAUACCCCAGGACCUUCGCCACAAAAUAACGAAGAAGCCGCUCAACUACUGCUGUCACUGGGUCAAACGAGAAUACAAGACAACCGACCAAGACCGCCACAUGCCUUUCGUACGCCCGGUGCUCUUAAUAUGGAAAGACUAUGGGCCGGAGACUACUCACAAUUGCCGCCUGGUCAACUUCACGCUCUUAAUCUAAGUGCAGCGCAACAGCCCUGGGGAGGUGGUAGCUCAAAUACCACCGGUCUAGGCCGAGGUCUCGAUAAUCCCCAUGAACCAACCGAUGAAGAUGAACAGCCAUUGGUGUGCAUGAUCUGCGAGGAUAAGGCCACGGGUUUACAUUAUGGUAUUAUUACAUGUGAAGGAUGUAAAGGUUUCUUUAAGCGUACCGUACAAAAUCGACGGGUGUACACUUGCGUGGCAGAUGGCACCUGUGAAAUAACCAAAGCUCAACGGAAUCGUUGUCAGUAUUGUCGUUUCAAAAAAUGUAUUGAACAGGGCAUGGUCUUGCAAGCUGUUCGUGAAGAUCGCAUGCCAGGCGGCCGUAAUAGCGGCGCUGUUUACAAUCUCUACAAGGUCAAGUACAAGAAACAUAAGAAGAGCAAACAGCAGCAACAACAACAACAGCAGCAGCAACAACAACAGCAAUCGCCUCAACAACAUUCACCGCUGCAUCAGCAGCAUCAUCAUCAGACACAACUGUCACCGCAUCAUCAUCAGGCACAUCUCUUUAUGCCACAGCAACAACAGCAGCAAUUGCAACAGCAACAAUUUGCCGCCGCUGUGGCAGCAGCCGCCCAUCAGCAACAAACCAAAUUAUUAGGUGAAAUGAAGCCCAUGUUCAUGAGUAAAGAGCAGCAACAAUCGAUGCAUUCACCACAUCACCAGCAAGCAACGCAAUCGCAACCACCACUGGGGCCGCCACAACAACCUCCGCCGCAUUUAGCCUCUCCCCAUCAUCCGUUGCAUGCGUCAGCGGGUGGUCCGGGAGGUCCACUGCAUAGUCCCGUUGCCAGCGGUCCGCAACAGCAAACAUCACAUCAUCAUGCCGCCUCAGUGGCGCCACCGCAACAUGUGGCCCACCAGCCGUCAGCAGCUUCACAAAGACCUACGACGCCCCAAGAGACUGCUAUGAAAAUACCCUCGCAUUUGGUAAAUGGUACCAUACUUAAGACUGCUCUCACGAAUCCUAGCGAGAUAGUGCACCUACGACACCGACUCGAUUCGGCGGUUAGUUCGUCUAAAGAUCGUCAGAUCUCCUACGAGCAUUCGCUAUCCAUGAUACAAACUCUGAUAGACUGUGAUGCCAUGGAGGACAUAGCCACCUUGCCGCAUUUCUCCGAAUUUCUCGAAGAUAAAUCGGAAAUCAGUGAAAAACUGUGCAACAUUGGCGAUUCGAUUGUUCACAAACUGGUGUCGUGGACUAAGAAACUGCCCUUCUAUUUGGAAAUUCCCGUGGAAAUCCAUACCAAACUUCUUACGGAUAAAUGGCAUGAAAUUCUCAUUCUAACCACAGCCGCCUAUCAGGCACUGCAUGGUAAACGGCAUUCUUCAUCCACCCAUUCGGCCACUUCGACCAGCAGUUCAACUUCUUCGAAUUCUUCGGCCUCCUCGUCAUCCUCUUCGCCAACGCAGCACAACCACAGCAACAAUCAUGCUUCGUCAACAUCACCCCCUCACAUAACAACACAUCCUGCCUUAGUACAUAAAGAAGAUCCCGAAUUUGUGGCCGAAGUUAAUGCUCAUCUAACGACUCUGCAAACGUGUUUGACUACACUCAUGGGCCAGCCGAUUGCUAUGGAACAAUUGAAAUUGGAUGUGGGUCAUAUGGUGGAUAAAAUGACACAAAUAACCAUCAUGUUUCGGCGUAUUAAAUUAAAAAUGGAAGAAUAUGUUUGUCUAAAAGUCUACAUACUCUUGAAUAAAGCAGAAGUGGAACUGGAAAGUAUACAGGAACGUUAUAUACAAGUGUUGCGUACAUUCUUGCAACAUUCAUCGCCACAAAAUCCACAAGCCCGCCUUAAUGAACUACUCUCCCACAUACCAGAGAUCCAAGCUGCUGCUAGUCUUUUAUUGGAAAGUAAAAUGUUCUACGUUCCCUUCGUUCUCAACUCCGCCAGUAUAAGGUAGCAAAUGCUUCAACGUGGUCUAUUAACAAUUGCCGAACAACAACAUCAGCAGCAACAACAACAACUACAACCGCCUUAUGAGACAUCAGCAAGAGCAACAGCAACACAUGAAAUUAAUCUUUUAAAAGAACAAGAACACUUAAGCAACAAACGCAGCAGUAAUCGAGAAGAAACAAAUGAACAGUUUAGAGAAAGAAUAAAUUGUUUACCCAUUAUCGAAAUGCCACAAAUAAAAAUUGAACGAGAUGUGGAAUACAUGGAGGGUAUAGAAGAAGAGGAACAGGAGCAGCAGCAGCUGCAAGAAGAGUUGCUAACUAGAGAGCAGCAAGAGAAAAUAAGAGAUGAAACACAACCCAUGGAGGUGGAACAGGAAGAGUUGCAUAUUAAGCCUGUGCCACAGUUAUUGGAACCUACAUCAAUCUUAAAGACUUCUUUACUAACGGGAGCAGCAAAUACUUUAGCUACUUUAACAGCGGCUGCAGAACAAAUCGCUAGAAUGCCAAAUGAAAGUUUAACAAAAAAUUAUCCUUAUUUUAAGGAGGAAAAUAAAAGAACUUAUACAAUAGAAGCAGAGGAGCCGGUAAGCAAAGUAGCCACGACCACAACUUAUACUUCUAUAUUACAAACAGCAUUGAUGUCUAAACGUCCAGCAACAUUAAAUGUUGCAGCAGCAACUUCCACCUCCACCUCCUCCUCCGCUGGAUCAGCGGCCUUAACAACUAGCAAAACUUUACAUGUAAGAACACCAGAUCAAGUUUUAAAGACUGCCGUUACUUUGGCUACCUUAAGUGAAAUUGCAGCACAGCAAGAACAGCAGCAGUUGCAACAACAGCAACAGCCUCAUAUAUUGGUAGUGCCUCAAGUGCAACCAACUUUACGUAAAAUGUGUACACUGCCUUUUAAGAAAUUAAAUUUUGCCAAUGUAACAACUUCAUCAACAACAACAUCAUCAACAGCAACAUGUUUAACAAACACUGCCUCUUCAAAUACCACUACAACAACAGUAGCAGCAGCAGCAGCAGCAACUACCACUACCAUUACAAAUAAUUAUUUAGGUUCUAAUAUUAAAACAAAUACUAAUUUAACUAAUAGUAGUAGUUGUAUAAUAAAUACAAAUAAUCAGGCGGCUUCAAACAACAGAGAAAAACCAACAACCCCAACAACAACAACAACAACAGCAACAUUUUUUGAUACUAACAAUCUUAUAAACAAUGUCACUAUAUGUAGCAACAGCAACAACAGUAAUUUACUUACAAACUUUCAUAAUCAGACGCUUAAGAUUCCCUCUAUUAAACCCCAAUUGGUGACCACACAAACACAAACCGAGGAAACAAACUCCUCUUUAGCAACCUCCUCUUCAAAUAAUUAUAGUAAUAGUGCAUCUUCAUUACAAACAGCCAGCUGUAGCGGACUGUUAAGGACUGCCGUGUCAACAAAUAUGAAAAUGUUGACACAAAACUCAUUAAACACUUCAUUAACCAAUAAAUUUCCCUGUAAAACUAAAAUUUCAUCAAACGAACAAGUGGCCUCAUUAGAAGCAACAAAUGUUGCUGAAACAGUAGUGGGCAACAUUGUUAAACAUGUUUCCCCUAAUAGUAGUAGUAGUAGUUCUACUUUAACUAAAAUGAAUGUUAUUAAAACAAAAACUACUGCCCCCCCUGCCGCCACUAAUACUUUAGAGUCAUCAAACGAGCAGCCUAAUGCUGUUAACAACACUGCCACCAAUGUUACUGUUGUUGUUUUUGAAACAUUGUUAUCUGAGGACUGAAAACUUUGUUUAUAAACAUUUUAUUAUUUUUAAUCUUUGCUUUCUUUUAACCCUUAAAACCUUUUCCCCUUUUUGUUACCCCACCUUUUUUUUGUUUUUAAUUUUUAAUUAUUAAAAAAAAUUGCUUUGUUUGCUUAUAUAAUUUUUAAGUAUUUUUUGUUUAAUAUUUUUUUUAUAAAUAAAUAAAUAUUUGUAUACAAAUUGUAUUUUUUUUG